AUGCUGCUCAAGUUGUCGCCGCUGUACUACGGCUACGUCGGGCUGACCCAGGACGCCCUCCUCAUCAUCCAGGAGAUCCUCCACAAACGGCUCGACCUCGUCCCCCGCCGCCCGCACGAGCGCGAGCGGCCCGAGCUCAUCCAGCUGGGGAACGUGUUUGUCUUCAUCGAGGAGCACCUGGGCAUCAAACGGUGGACCGACGGCAUCGCGUGGCUGCCGCUGCGGAUAUUGGGCCGCUUCUUGGUGUACCGCGAGUUGGACAAACAACUGUUGCUGGAGAAGGACGACCGCAAAAAGAAGCGGCGCAAGGUGGUGCCGGGGGGCUACGACACUAGUACUAGUGUCAGCAGUGCCAACGGGCUGCUGGUGCCGCUGCUGGUGCUGCUGCUGGCGCUGCUGGUGCCGGUGCCGGGGUUGCACCAGCCACAGUUACCCCAGCUGCAACAACCACCACCCCAACUGCUUGCGCCCUAUGUUUUCAAGGAUAAAGGGCUCAUCAAGAAGACAUUGCUGCUUACGACACUGCUGGAAGACCUCCACAUCGACGGCAAACCGGAAAAACAGACGAUCCACCUCAUCCUGUACUAUAACGCCGAGGACGUGCUCAACGGCAAGCUCGUCCGCCCGCUGGAACUGGAGUAUAAGCACCACCAGAUCAACGUCGGCCUCUGGAACGCCGUUAAAGACCUGAGCCUCGGCGGUAAGAUCCCCAUCGAGGACGAAGCUUACUACUUUUUGGACAAUAACUACCAAUUACAAAAUAUGCUGGCGUUGUCGCAAAAGCAGCCGGCGCCGGCAGCGCCGGGAGGGUACCCCCAGGGCCCGCCGGGGAUGCCCACCCCGCUGCAGCAAUGGGGUCCGCCGCCGCCCCACCCGUUCCCCAGAGUGUACAUGGACUACCCGCAGGCACCGUUGCGCCAUAACCUGGUGCCUCAGCUGCUGCUGGGGUACGACGACCUGGUGCCGGCACCGGGAGCGCCGCCGGGAGCGCCGCAAUACGGCGACAUGGCGCCGCCGGCGCUGGGGGCGCUCCAGUUCAAUAACCCGUUCCCCGUGUACUAUUCCAACCAAGGGGUCACCAACACCAAUCUUGGCAACCCUGGUAUCAACCGAGCCAGCGAUGGCGCCGUGGUGCCGCCGUCAUCGCAAGUCCCCGGUGGUGUUAGCGGCGGCGGCAGCGCCCUCGGCCCGGUGCCGCCAGCGCCGGUGGGGCUGGCGCCGGCGCCCCCCACUUCCUCGGUGACUAAUGGCCCUUACCAGCCUGAAUUCAACUACAACUUCGGUUUUGACAACGGGACGGCGCUGGCGCUGGCGCCGCUGGUGGUGCCGGCACCACCGACGCAGAUUUCUGGCGCUCCCGGCGGCGCUGCCGGCAGCGCUUCUGGCGCCGACUACCCGCAAUACUUCCUGCUGCUGGUGGCGCUGACGCUGAACUCGCUGGCGCUGGGGGCCCUGGUGUCGCUGGUGACGACGCCGCUGGCCCACAAGAAGGCGUGGGCGCCGCCGCCUCCCCCGGGGCAGCCGCAAAAUGGGUGGUACACCGCAGCGCCCUCCGCCGACGACGCGCUGCCGGUGGCGCCGCCGGCGCCGGUGCCGCUGGCGCCAGUGUACCUGCCGACACACCCGCCGCUGGCGCCGGGGGCACCCCAGGCGUCCCAGCCGGCGCUGUACCCGACCGCCUACGCCACCGCCACCGCUGCCCCCAUCAACGACAGCUACUACAAGUCGAACAAUGCAUUUAUUUGA